AUGCCACAGUGUCACACAGAUGGCUUUAUUAGAGACUUAGAACCAGGGUCAGUAGGAGGAGACGAGAUCCCACAGUCUUCUAGUUGUCCCCAGACAGACAUGUACCAAGACCAGAGUGCUCGGCUGGACCCUCUGUGGGAGUCUGUUCUAGGGAGAGACCCCACCCCACUACACUUACUCUCCCUCGCCAUAGGUGACUUAAGGAGAAGAGAGAGCACACUACAAGAAUACACCCAGCAGCCAAGUACAGUCUUGAAAUUCCUGUACCCGCCCAACAGAAAGUGGCACUCAGAGAAAUAUAUGAUAAUGAGGAGUGAGGCAGCAGAGUGGCCUCCCCAGCACACGAGAGGAGCAGAUCUCUGUGAGACCCUGACUGGCAAGACCAUCACCCUUGAGGCUGAGCCCAGUGACACCACUGAAAAUGUCAAAGCUAAAAUACAAGACAAGGAGGGCAUCCCGCAUGCCCAGCAGCAUCUGAUUUUUGCAGGCAAACAGCUGGAGGAUGGCUGCACUCUCUCAAACUACAACAUUCAGAAAGAGUCCACCCUACGGUUGGUGCUUCAUCUAUGGGGUGGCAUCAGUGAGCCCUCCCUCCUCCAGCUCGCCCACAAAUACAACUGCAACAAGGUGAUCUGCCACAAGUGUUACACUCACCUGCACCCCUGUGCUGUCAGCUGCCACAAAAACAAAUGCAGUCACACCAACAACCUUGCCAAGAAGAAGAUUAAAUAA